AUGCCUAAGAGGCCGAGACAAUCAGACAACAGGGCCGAGUCUGGGAAACGGCGAAAAGUGGAUCGAGUUCAAUGCCCAUUCCGGGUGUACGCCCGCGAGCAUGGCCUCGACCAUCCCGAAGAUCAUUGCAAGGAUGGUCAGACCUUCAAAGGCAAUGAAAAGCUCAACGAGCACCUUGACAGAUAUCACUCACUGCGAUACUGGUGUCUCGGUUGUAAGAAUAGGUUCCGCUUCAACUCCCGCAAUGAUUUGGCCGUUCUCAAAUCGGAACACGUGAAGCGGUGCACCAAACAACCCCAGCGUGAACACGAGGAGGAGUGGGCGCGAUACGUCGUCAUGAGUAGUGAGCAAUACUCUCGAUGGAGCAACAAGCAGUGGAAGUGGAACAUGGUAGAAGUUACCCGACUGGAAGGAGAGACGAUGCCGAGGUUCAGCUGGAGGCGGAUCUACAAGUGUCUCUUCCCGGAGACGACCGAGUUUCCUAACCCAUGUUGUCCCACUGAUGUUGAGCCCAUGCCGACGCAGCCACUAUCUUUACUGCCGGGCCCGCGUGACAACUCCGACUUGGAGACCAACCACACGGAUUGGUUCCAACAACAAGCCAAUUGUCUCGAUCCAUUCGGCCCCACUUUCAGCUCUGAUGGUACAGGGCCCCUUCAGCCUUCUGUGCAAGAUCCUAGGCGCCGUGUGUGGCUAGUUUAA